CUCACAAAUCUCUACUCCCGUUGAGAACGUCGCCUCGUUCCCAGGAGGGAGUGCACAACCUUCAAAUCAGAUUCCUACCCCCAUCAUCACCAUUGCAACACCUACUCCAUUCACUUCCCCCGUCACCUCUAUCCCUAUUUUUUCUCCAAAUUUUCCCGGGCCCGUGGACCCACUGUUUUCACAGGCAUUCCAAAAUUUUGGGCAGUUCAUGUCCAUGUUUCAACAGCCGGGAGGAUUUUCACCUUUCAUUCCCGGGUUAUACCCACAAUCCUUGCCCCAAACUAAUAUCAUCCGCCCGGUCGCUCCAACAAAUCUGAUCGGAGAGAUGGACAAAGCCGGUCCAUCCCGGUCCAGAAGGAGUCGGUCCCGAAGGUCACGCACGCAGAUCACGCCUGAUGGCGAUGUGCGAUCAGUCCAAAGCAGGGAUGAGGAUUGGGAUGUACCCCAGGCACAAAAGAAGCUGAAGGGAAAAGCUAUUCAACCUGAAGGGUCCAGGAGGUCAGCAUUUCAAAGGCUUGGCCAUGAGGGCAGAAAUCAAAACCGGCCUGCUAAAGAACGACUAGGGGUGGAAACAACCCCGUUGAGUGCUUUUGAUCGCAUGGGUAGAGGGGCCGAGCGACCUGGUCGGACCAGGCGCACGGAACCUCCCCACCGCGAAGAGCCCCAACAUAGCCGGGCACCCCAUGGAGAAGAAGAAGCAGAGAGGCACUCUAGGCACACGAUCCGCUCCAAUGUUGAACAACCCCGGGAUCGUGUGGGCCGGGUCGAAGCACGUUUAGAGAAGCUGCAGCGCCGGGUGGACCGGGAUGAAAAGAAGAAAAUCCUGUUGAACGAAUCUCCGUUCACAGACCGGGUUCACGAGACCCCAUUUCCGAAGAAAGCAAAGUUGGAGGUCCCGAAGUUUACCGGGAAGGAGGACCCGGAAAUAGAUGUCAAAACCCUACAUCAAAGUGGAAGGAUGAUGGGCCUUUCCGGGGACGAAAAAUGUUUACUGUUCUUCCAAACCCUCCGCGGCCGAGCCGCUGAGUGGUUUCAUAACCUACUGGCCGGUGAGAUCGAUUCUUUCGAUGAGCUGGCCGAGGUGUUCCAAGAGAAGUUCAAGGAAAACUGCACCAAGAGGAAAAAGUUCACCUACUUGAGCACGGCCGGACAGAGGGAGCACGAGGAUUUAACGAAAUUCCUCACCCGGUGGAAGGAUGAAGUUGAUAAAGUUGAGGAAAUGGACGACAAAACCGCCAUGUCCCUCCUGGUGUCCGGACUCCGGUCCGGAGAAUUGUAUAAAGAAUUCUGCAGGAGACCUCCCAAAUCCUACCAAGAGGCCUACAACACAGCCUGGGAUUAUGCUGACGCCGAAGCACAGGUGUCAUCCAAGAGGGAGGCCGAGCAGGGCCAUUCCAAAGGAAAAAUUUCCUUGAAAAAGGAAAUUAAACAGCCCGGGAGGGCGAAGGCGGAAGUCAUGGAGGUGAAACCAGUCAAAACAGAAAAGAAACCGGACGGCGAAAAGCAAUGGACGGAGAAGUAUUGCUCUUUCCAUAAAACUGACUCCCAUAACACUGCGGAAUGCAAUAGUGUGAAGGGGGUAAUCAAGCAGAUGAUUGAAGCCGGCGAGCUCGACCCAGAGUAUCUGGCUCAAUCAAAACAAAAGAAAAAUCAAUGGAUCAGGCCUGAAGGGAAGCCGGUCGAACAGAAUAAGAAGAAUAAAGCACCCGGUAAAGAGCAUUUGCAGGUCAUCUACGGUGGGCCAGAAGGAGGAGAUUCCGCAUCUCAAAGGAAGAAGUGGGGACGGGAGCUCUAUGUUGGCACGGUUGCCCUAGAUCCCCGAAGGAAACAAACCAGAAGGGAACCAAUCACGUUUACUGACCGAGACUUCCCCGCUACCGGAGAAGAUCACAAUGACCCCCUGGUCAUAACUAUGGACAUGGGUGAAGUCAAUGUCUCCCGGGUACUCGUUGACAUGGGUAGUAGUGUCAACGUUUUGUACUUGGAUGCAUUUGAAAAGCUCAAGUUGUGUCGGACACGGCUUGAGCCCUUAAAGACUCCCCUGUCCGGGUUCACCGGGGACUCUGUUGAAGCUGAAGGGUCAAUCCUUCUGACUUGUGGUAGUGAACAUCAAAUGUGUUCACAACGCCAUCCUAGGCCGGCCUGGAAUAAAAAGGUCCAUGGAGUCAUCUCCAUGGCCCACCUCUGCAUGAAGUUCUAUACCCCGGGUGAUAUGCUUUCAAAGUUGACGCAAGCUUGCCCGGAGCAUGUGUCAAAGUUGGCAAAAAUUGAGAUACUGGACGUGCCGAGCGCAGACCGGUUUGAAGUGGCGGCUAUCCAACCGGGCCAGACUUCAGCAACCGGGAUAAUCGGACCAGAUGAUGACUGGAGGUACGAUCUCAUGGAGUAUCUGGAGACUGGUCAGAAACCAGAUGACGAGGAACGGGCCAGGAAGGGAAAUGGCCAAGUCGAAAACGCUCCGGACAAUUGUGGACGGUCUAAAAAGAGACUGGGUGAGGAAGGACACAAGUGGUUGGAAGCCUUACCUCAUACGGUCUGGGCGCAUAGAGUGACUUCAAGGAGAGCAACUGGAGAGACUCCUUUCGUGCUCACCUACGGAUGUGAAGCCCGGCUACCAGUAGAGGCAGAAAUUCCAACAUUUAGAGAAACCGUGUACCAGCCCGAUCAGAAUGAGGUCAACCACCUAGUUGAAUUGAACCUGGUGGAAGAACGAAGGACAAUAGCAGCUGUCAAGAUGGCCGGUUACCAGCAGUCAGUAAAGAGGUAUCAUGACAACCGGGUGGGCCCACGAUACUUCCAAGUGCACGACGAAGUUUUACGUAGGAGGGAUGCUAGUAAGCCUAACGAGAGGGGCAAGCUGGUGCGUAACUGGGAAGGGCCCUACCGCGUAAAAGCAAUCGUCAGACCGGGCACUUAUCAACUGGAGACUAUGGAAGGUGGCCGGGUCGACCGACAUUGGAACUCUCACCACUUGCGUAAAUUUUCUAGAUAAAGUAUAAUAAGUUCCCGGUCGUUAAUAAAACUUCAUUCUUUUC